AUGUUGUCCCUUCACAUCCCAUCUUACUCGAAGCCAUCCGAAUACCAGCUUUCGGAAUUGCCAAUCCCGAAAUUAAGUACUGAGACAGAUGUUCUCAUUAAGGUUCAUGCCGCGAGUAUCAACCCGAUUGAUGUGAAAAGAGCUGGUGGGGCACUCAAGGUAGCGGUCAAAGACUCGUUCCCCUUUAAGAUUGGAUACGAUGCUUCCGGCGUUGUCACAGAAGUUGGCCAAGGCGUAUCUCGCUUCAAAAUUGGAGAUGCAGUUUACGUCAGACUGCCAGAGAUCAGUCGAGGCUCAUGCAGCGAGUAUGUGACAUGCGCGGAGGACCAGAUUGGUUUCAAGCCUCCUUCCCUGUCCUUCGACGAGGCAGCUUCAAUUCCCUUGGCAGGCAUGACAGCGCUCCAGGCUCUUAGAAAGCAUGGUGAUCUUGCUGGAAAGACCGUCUUCGUACCUGCUGGCUUGAGCGGUACUGGUCUAUUUGCGUGUCAACUAGCCAAGCACGUGUUUCAUGCCGGCAAAGUAAUUUCCUCAGUCUCAACCUCGAAGAUCCCCAAGGUGAAAGAGCUUCUAGGUGAAGGAACGGUCGAUGAGAUUAUCGAUUACACCAAAGCCGACCCAAGGGAUGUCAUCGAGAAAGGCUCAGUGGACUUCCUAUUCGAUACAGUCGGCCUUGCGAUGGAAUAUCUCUGCCUCAUGAAGCCAAAUUCAAGCCGUAUCGUGUCUGUUUCUACUACGCCAUCAGCAAAUGUGCUACAAAACUCCUCAUUGAUGAGAAUGGCUAAUAGUCCCACGAUUCCCUUUUAUGUCCGGCCUAUUCUGAAUGCCAUGGAUUCCGUUCGCAAGUUCAGAGCCGGGCGAUAUGGCGUUGAGUAUGAAUACAUGAUUUUGGAGUCGAGCGGCAAGGAUCUGGAUGAGCUUCGGGGGUACGUUGAAGAUGACAAGCUUAGGACAGUUGUGGGCACAAAUGUUGAGCUUCGCAACUUAGAAGCGGUGCAAAAGGCCUGUCAGGUUGUUUAUGAUGGCAAGGGUGGUCUUGGAAAGUUGGUUAUCCGCGUUGUUACCAACGAGAGCUCAUAA